UAGUUCCUUAGCGGCAGGCAACCCCCAUAACCAUCCCAAUAGUGCACUCUGCACUAAAAAGGACUUAGUGAAAUAUUUAGGAUCAGCAUCAACUAAUACAGGUUUGUAAAGUCACAGUGACAUGAUCUACAUGGAAAGGUACCUUUCAAUCUUAGAAAACCUCCCUCCAGUGAAAAAUUGUUGACAUCCAACUCCUGAUUAAGAAGUAAAUUACAUAGAAAUACAUUAUAAAAACCGUACCUAAAGAUAUUGUGCAAAAUAUUUCUUUAUCAAAUAGUCCAAUGUUGAUGGGAUGCUAGUUAAACUGGAGAGGGAAUACAAUGCUGAAAGGAUUGUAGUAUCAUUUGAUCUAAAUGAGAAUACAAACCAAGAUGAGAGUGCUCUUGAUGAGGAUGCAGAAGAUGAACAGCAAUAUGCAGAAGAUGAUCAUGAAAUAAUGGGAAAGAUUGUGUCAUAUCCUUAUUUCACUGUGGAAAUAACAAAGCAACCUGGGAAAACGUUAAAGUUCCACUGUGAGUUUAACAGUGAACUAGGUGAAGAAUUCUCAGAUCAUGAAGGAAAUGAGGAAAUCAUCAACAUAAUCAAUGUAUCAGUUUUGGAUUCUUCUGACAAAGAUAAAACUGUUUAUUGUGCUGAAACAGAAAACUUGGAUAGUAACUUAUACAUGAUGUUGUUGAACAUGUUAGCUGAAAGGGGAAUUGAUAAGAGCUUUUGCCAAUGGCUUCUUGACUACAGCACAGCCCUGGAACAGCAACACUAUGUCAAAUUUCUGGAAGAGUUGCAAGGAUUUGUCAAGCUACAGUAAAAAAUAUGCAACUAUAAACAGUUUUAUUAUGAAAAAGCAAGACUGCUUCCACGCAGUGUUAGUAUGAGGUUUUGAGAUAUUGUUUAACUGUGGUAAAGGCUUGCCAUCACAUUAGUGGGGCCCUUAGAGAACAAUGACAUAACAAGAACAGAACAUUUUAAACAUCAUAUUACUGACUUCAACCCAACAGCAUUUCAACUUGUGCAAGUGGGAAUACUUAUUAUAAUAUUCUUACUGUUUUCAAAUUCAUGCUUUCAUUUGUUCAUUUGAGCAAGAACGCAUUCAGUGUACUGGAUUGCACCAUUUUACAUAACUACUGUUAGUAUUGAUGUACAAAGGACAAGUUUCACAGACUUUGACAAGAACAUAAAAUAAUACUAGCUGUCAGUAUACAGACUUCUUCUUAAUCUUGAAAAUGAUUUGAUAGUUGUGUUGGGUUUGACUAGCACGGUAAUAUGCUGUAGAGUUAAUGAGAGGUGCUGCAGUCCAUUAGUUUUCUGCCUUAUGAACACAUGAUCUUUCCUCACUGACUAAUUUUAUCAUGCGGUCAAGUAAAAAUGUAGUAAUCAAGAGAAAUUAAUGGUGCCAACCUAUACUUUGUAUUAUUAAAUGUCCAAAACCCCUGCAGCUUUCUCAAAAUUUAUUUACUUGUGUGCGGGGUGUAUGGACAUCCCAACCUGUGAUAAGCUUAGCUCUUCAGACGCUGUCACACAACCUGCAUAAUGUGUUGAGUUACUGACGUGAAAUAAAAUUACUAUCGGGGAUUUGAAAAACUGACGCAAAAUCAGUACUAGCAUUUAGCUGUUAAAGGCAGUUACAGUAUUUAAAGCUGCCUCAGUCUUUGAUUAGGGUUUUUAUUGUUACUUAAAAGCUUCCUUCAAUUUGAAGAAAGUUUCAUUUGUAACCACUGCUUCUUGGAUAGUGUAACAGAUGUGACGAUCUUCUUGAAUCCAAGUUCUCUGGAAUAUCAGGCUAGCUGUCAGUCUUCGUACUUGGAUGAGUGCCCGAUAAGUCCAAAAACAGCCACAGCGACAAAUUCACUUGAUGAACUUUAUUGUUUGUUGAUUUUUGAAAUUAUUUUCCCCCAACUACAAAGUGUGGCUCUUCAUCCUCAUCUGACUUCUCCUCAUCAUCAUUAUCACUACUGCUAACUUGUUUUUGAUCAUCUUCACCUGUAGAAUUGAAUACCAUAUACGCUUAAGGUAAUCAAUAUUCUGUUUGUGACCCUACUUAACAGGUAGAUAUUGUUGGCUAGGCUCCUUGUUUUAGUUUCCCCUCCUUUUGAGGUCACAUGACCCCUGUCAUCUUAAAUUACGUGUAUGUGUAACGGCGAACCUUUGGUUGGAAUGUUUGGUUACUUGUAGUUUUAUACAAACUGUACAGCAUUCACCAGAUGAAGCAAGGUCUUCUUAACUGAAUGGUAAACUGAGCGGUGAAUGUAGUGUAUUUCCUUAUUUUCAUCGAAUUAAAGGAGCUUUGGCCUUGAAA